UAUGUUAUGAUAUUUAUGGUUAGAGCGCGUGGUUAGUGAGUAUCGCGGACGUCAGUGCGGAUCGGCUGCGUCGCCGAGCCCCGUUACCCUCGUGUUACCUUUGUGACAUUGAAAUUGGGUUCUUUUUAUAAUUGCUGCGUGGAUUUGUGGUGCUGGGCCGCCAGGAGCGGAGUGCGCCGCCCGCCUGACGCGUUGAGUGGUACCGUUGCACGGUCGGACAGACUGUAGUGAACAUGACCGGGGGCGCGGACAGGAGCCUCCACUCAGGCAGUGAGGUGGUAGGCAGGCUGAGCUUGCGUGUCAAUUAUAAAGACAUACAAACGUUAUCACAGCCUGUUGCCAGGGUCGAAGCUCCAAGUAAGUCUAUAACAGAGAAGCCAAGCCCGCCACCCCGCAGCGGGCCGCACGGGGUGCAAGUAGUGAAUACAGGCCCCGACCACACGUUCAGCCUCGACGAGGAGGUUCUCAAAGACCUGCUGCUGCAGGAUGACAUCAAGGACAGGCCGGUUGUGGUGCUUUCCGUCGCCGGCGCCUUCCGGAAGGGCAAGUCCUUCCUACUCGACUUCUUCUUGCGGUAUUUGAAUCAUAAGUAUGGGUCAGACGGCGGCGCGGACUGGCUGGGCGGCGACGAGGAGCCGCUGCGCGGGUUCAACUGGCGCGGCGGCUCCGAGCGCGACACCACCGGCAUCCUCAUGUGGUCCGAGAUCUUCAAGGCCACGCUCGACAAUGGAGAGAAGGUGGCGAUAGUACUACUGGACACGCAGGGCGCCUUCGACAGCGAGUCCACGGUGCGCGACUGCGCCACCAUCUUCGCGCUGUCCACCAUGCUGUCCUCCGUGCUCAUCUACAACCUCUCGCAGAACAUACAGGAGGACGACCUGCAGCAUCUACAGUUAUUCACGGAGUACGGUCGGCUGGCGCUGGAGGACAGCGGCCGCACGCCGUUCCAGCGCCUGCAGUUCCUCGUGCGCGACUGGAGCUUCCCCUACGAGGCGCCCUACGGCGCAGAGGGCGGCCAGGCCAUCCUGCAGCGGAGACUCAAGGUAUCAAACAACCAGCACCCGGAGCUGCAGUCCCUGCGCAAGCACAUCACGUCGUGCUUCUCGGAGAUCGCGUGCUUCCUCAUGCCGCACCCCGGCAUCCGCGUCGCCACCAGCCAGGACUUCGAUGGACGAGUCAAAGACAUCGAGAUGGAGUUCAAGUGCUCGCUGCAGCAGCUGGUGCCGAUGCUGCUGGCGCCGCACAACCUGGUGCCCAAGCUCAUCGCCGGCCAGCGCGUCCGCGCCAAGGACCUGCUGCAGUACUUCAAGUCCUACAUGAACAUCUACAAGGGCAACGAGCUGCCCGAGCCUAAGAGUAUGCUUGUGGCGACAGCAGAAGCAAACAACUUAACAGCGGUAGCAGAAGCAAAGGAACUAUACACUAAGCUAAUGGAGGAAGUAUGCGGCGGGGCGAAGCCCUACCUGCAGACGGCGCUGCUGGAGGCGGAGCACCUGCGCCUGCGCGACAAGGCGCUGCACGCCUUCCACGGCAAGCGCAAGAUGGGCGGCGACGAGUUCAGUCAGAGCUACUGUAAUCAGCUGCUGUUGGACCUAGACGAGCAGUUCGUGCAGUUCCGCGCACAGAACGAGUCGAAGAACAUCUUCAAGGCAGCGCGCACCCCGUCAGUGUUCUGCGCGCUGGCGCUGCUGUUCUACGUCGUCAGCGGCGUGUUCGGGCUCGUGGGGCUCUACCCGCUCGCCAACUUGUGUAACCUCGCCAUGGGCAUCGCGCUGCUCACGCUAGUGCUGUGGGCUUAUAUCAGAUAUAGUGGUGAAAUGCGCGAGAUCGGUGUUACAAUAGACGACAUCGCGAACGUGCUGUGGGAAAAUUUAAUGAAGCCGAUGUACCAGACAUGCAUCGAGAAGGGCAUGGAGCACGCGGCGGCGGCGGCGGCCGAGCGAGCGCUGGGCCCGCCCACGCCGCCGCCCGCCGCCAACGGCAAGCACAAGCUGUUGUGAUGCCCGCCCGCUGUGUGUGCUACCGGGACUGCACGUACUGGUCCACACUGGCUUCACUCACUAACACAAAUUUUUGUACAUACUACGCUAAAUUACAACUAAACAUUGUAAUUUUCAUUAAAUUUAAGCACACUCUUUUUGAGUCUCGAAAACUGUAAGUGUUGAAGUCAUGCAAGGUUUUCUGGUAACGUGGAUUUAUUGUAAAGGUCCUUGUAAUUAAAAAUGCGUGGUUAACGCGCUUAAAAAGACGCGGUGUGCAUGAACAAUAAUAACUGACUAUAGUCAAGUGUCAAAACAUGGUAUUUUUUAAAUAACUCGAUUUUUACAGUCUCGAUUACGGACCAAUAGACACAUUUCUUUGUAAAGCAACGAGCUUAAGUUAACUUGAAUAGCAUGUGAACAGACUAGUUCAAGUAAGAAAUUUCUGGCUAAUUUCACUGUAAAAUAGCCCAUAGACUUAUAUUUCGGGAGCCAGUAAAUAGUGCCAAGGGAAUGUGACUCACUACCGGUCGGACUCUAGUCAGUUUAUAUCGAAGAAUGUUCGAGAUGUUCAGUAGCCAUCAGGCCGUUAUGACCUGCUAUUGUGUAUAUGGUAUAAGGGAACUAAGCUAACGCUGGUCCGACCAGCCGACUAGAGAAGGAUGGAAUACGAUAUUUUUGACUAAAAAGAUAAAUUAUUUUUAUAUGUACAUGCUCUCUUUUUGUUAACUGGUAGUUUAAUAAUACACGUUCAAUAGCUUGACUUUGGUAACUACAGAUUCUUUUGUAUAUUUGUAGUCAAUAAAGUAGAGCUGAAGGUUACAUAAUGAUAACAAUGAUAAAUACUGUAUGAUAACUUAUCUUUUUCAUCCUGAUCUCGGUGUAUUCUUAUCAGUAACGAAAUUAUUGUCCGUCAUGAUUUUAAACAACGAUUUGUAAAUUCUGAUUUUUAAUAAAGCCAAUUUACAGUUUUAAAAUUUCUGGAACAUUAGUUUAAUACAUAGCUGAAUUAUUGUUAUUUAUAUAUAUUGUCUGAAAUUUUGUUUAUCGUUAUUUUAAAUCAUGAAUAUCGUUACUUGUUAAAUUUUAUCGUUGACGUACACCGGUGUGUCUGUAAAUUGCGACAUUUUGCGAUCUUAGUUUUUUACUACUUUGUUACUAACAGUUAUAGGUCCUUUGUCGCGUCGUAAUUUACGGACCACCCAAACUAUGAUUGCCACAUCCUGCUCAUGUGAUAAAUCUACGAAUAUUUGAGAAAUAAGCAAAAUAUGACACAUUUUGCAUUUAUUCUACGACAAGGUCCAAGUAGUGUGCCGCGGUCACUCGCGCCGGGUCAGCGCGGCACACAAGGCGAGGGAAAUUCUUAUGGUUUUUACUAUUUACAAAGAUGGUAUAGGUUAAAUAAAGCAAUAAGAUAAAAUAACAAAUCUAAUAGUUAAUGUAUCAGAGUAAUAACUGUGUAAUUAUAGAUUUAAAUUAUGCACAAAACAGGUUUAUUUUAAUCACUUUUAUUUUGUCUCGAAACAUAUGUCUAACACUUGUUGCCUUGCACUGUAUAAAGAUCAUGUACUUAAUUCUGUCAUAUUGAAAAUUUUAUUUUUGUUAUAAAUCCGGGAUACGAAAUUAAUGUAUAGUCGUGAAUCAUGUUCUAAAAUCUAUUAUACUUUUAUUAUUUUGCAUUUUAUUUUCUUUUUAAUAAGUCUUCGUGUGUUCAAAAUUUUAGUCGUUAUGCGUUAUGCUCAAAAUUAGGGAUUCUUCAUGGUUUUAUGUAAAUGGGGAUGGUGCACUGUUACUUCAGGCUGCUGACACUUGCGAGCGCGUUACACUUUGAUAAUAACUUCACUAUAAGCUAAGAUUAAAGUACAAUGUUUGUUCAAUUCAAGGCAUAUCCGCUUGCUUCAGUAAUGCUCUGUACUUUCACUAACUCGCCUUAUCGAAGUGUAAGCGCUUCACGAGUGCGCCUGCAGUGCAGUGAGCGUCGCCACUGUACAGUACUAGUGUGUACAGUAAGUUAGCAAUAAUGAAUAAACGUGAACAAGUGAGCACACAGCUGUCGUUUGGUUAGAAUCUCGCAUCGCUCGGCCACACAACGCAACGUCAACCCCGCCAUUGCUAACUUACGGACACGCCCUCUUAGUUGUUUAUAAACAUAAUGUAAAUAAACGUUUUAUAGGAAAAUAGUAACAUAUCGUGAAAUUUUUAUAAAUAAAUAAUUAUAUGCAUGUGCCAAUCGAAAUUCAUUGAAAAUGAAUGUUGUUUCCGUUUAUUUGGCAUGGGGAUAAUAAAUAAUUCGUUGACGAGUUGAUAGUUUAUUUUGUUGAUAACCUUACGUAUGGUAUGUGUUCAAUACCAAUGGCGGUUGUGAUGAAUUAUAUUAUGUUUGCGACGCCAACAGGGGAGUUUCGUGUAAAUAUUUGUUUUAAUACAAUAAAGUUGACUAAAAAUAAA